CACACACACACACACAUCUGAAACUUUAAUUUCAAAAUUCUUAAAAUUAUUACUAUUAAUCAUUUCAUUAAUUAAUAGUUCCUGUCUUCAGUUGUCUUCAACUUCAUGUAAUCGCUCAACCCAGGAGCUGAUAUUUUGUUUUUGUAAGUAAAUCAGAUCUUAAUUUGGUUAUUAAUAAUAAUAAUCAUAAUCAGAUCUCUCCUCCUUACUUAGGGUUUUAUAAUAAUAAUUCUAAUAAUAAAUCCGAGUUUAUAUACAUAUAUAAAAAAAAAGGAGUAUUAUUCAUUUACUUUUGAACAGCAAAAAAAAGGAAUAUUAUGAUACAAUAGUAGUACAUAAUCAUAAUAAUAAUAAUGGUGGUUAGAAUAUUAGGAUUGAGAGUUGGGGGUGAGGAGGAAUCCCCACGGGAGAUAACUCGAAACAAUCUAUUGAGUGAAGAAAGUGGCGGAGAGAAUGGUUGGCUGAUCAGGUUUUUCGAUUCGUCGUUUUUUUGCGAGUGGAUUGCGGUUAGUUAUUUGUAUAAACAUGAUCACCCUGGUGUUAGGGAUUAUUUAUGUAAUAGGAUGUAUACAUUGCCAUUAUCCGGCAUCGAAAGUUACUUGUUUCAGAUUUGUUAUAUGCUUGUUCAUAAGCCUAGUCCUUCCUUAGAUAAGUUUGUUAUUGAUAUUUGUUCCAAGUCCCUUAAGAUUGCUUUAAAAGUUCAAUGGUUUUUGAUGGCCGAGCUUGAGGAUUCCGACGAUAAUGAUGGGAUUAGUAGGAUUCAAGAGAAAUGUCAGAUUGCUGCUACUUUGAUGGGCGAGUGGCCUCCUUUGAUUAAACCUUUAAGUGACCCUGUUAGUAGUAAUCCCGGCGGAAAGAAUCCAGUUCUUAAUAGGUUGUUGUCCUCUAAACAGAGGUUGUUGUCUUUGGCAACGUCUCCUCCACAGCCUCAAAAGGCGUUUUCGUUUGCAGGGUCUGUUUCCGGGAAUUCUUUGCAGGAUGAAGGUACUAGUAAGGGCUCGUUAGAUGAUAAUACGAUAUUUAAGAAGUUUAUUCCUAGUCCAAAAGUGCGGAAUGCGCUCUUGUUUAGAAAAUCUGUUGAUAAAGAUGACGAGGAACAAGAUAAAGAGGGGUUUUUCAAGAGGCUUUUACGAGACAGUAAAGAUGAUGAUGAACAGGAUAAAGAGAGUUUUUUCAAGCGGUUGUUAAGAGACGGUAAGGAUGACGAUGAACCAGAUAAAGAUGGUUUUUUCAAGAGGCUUUUAAGAGAUUCUAAAGAUGAGGAUAUGCGAAAGUCUGUAGAUAAAGACGACGAGGACAAAGAAAAGGAUGGAUUUUUCCGUAGGUUUCGUAAAGAUAGUAAAGAUGAUGAUGAUGUCACGUCUAGCUCAGAUAAUAAGUUUUUUAGACGCUUCUUUCGUGACAGUAAAGGUGAUUUGGAGGAAAAAUCUAUUACAAAGUCAGGUGAAGGUGAUGAUAGAGAUGGAUUUUUCAAGAAGUUAUUCAGGGAUAAAAACGAAGAAGAAGAUAGAGGGACGAUUUCUACCGAAGAUGAUGACAAAGAAGGUUUCUUUCGGAAAUAUUUUAAGGAUAAAUUUGAAGACAAGAAAGAGGAAGCUUCUAAUGAGGAAGGCAAGGGGUAUGCAAAUGGUGUGGAAGAAGAAUCUUCUGACUUUCCAUUGUUUCGCAAAUUUUUUCGUUCGCAAUCUGAAACGGUAACAGCAAAUGAAAGCGUUAAUGGAGGUGGGCUUGAAAGCAGUCCAGGAUCAGAGAUGUUUUUCCGUAAGCUGUUUAGAGACCGUGAUCGUUCUGUUGAAGAUUCAGAACUUUACGGAUCAAAAAAGAACAAAGAGAAGCAAAAAAAUGAGAGUUCUAAUCAUAAGCCACCAUUGCCUAAUGCGACUGCAUCCCAGUUUCGUAAGGGGACAUAUCACGAGUCCCUUGACUUCGUUCACUCCUUAUGUGAGACAUCAUAUGGCUUGGUGGAUGUUUUUCCAGUUGAAGAUCGCAAAAGUGCGCUUUGUGAGUCACUCACUGAGAUCAACACGCAUGUUGCUUCAGCUCAAAGUAGUGGAGGCGUGUGCUUUCCCAUGGGGAAGGGAAUGUACCGUGUGGUCCAUAUACCAGAAGAUGAAGCUGUUCUUCUGAAUUCUCGGGAAAAGGCACCUUACCUUAUAUGUGUUGAAGUUUUGAAAAGUGAAACUGUGAGUAGCACUGUGAAGGAUGGCUCCACAUCUCAAAAACUUUCCAGGGGUGGAAUUCCAUUAGCGAAUGGGGAUGCAUUUCUGCCAAAACCUCCUCCUUGGGCAUAUCCAUUAUCAAAUGGUCAGGAUCUUUAUCAUUCUGGUUAUGAUAGGAUGUCAAGGUCUGCUUCUGAUGCAAUUGAUCAGGCAAUGGGUCAGAUGUGGGACUCAAAAGCCAAGUUUGUUAAUGUGCGUCUUUUGGUGGAUAGUCCUGCUCCCUGCUGUUCAAAGAAUUUCGAAGGUUCAAAUUUAGAUUUUGAUGUUCAUCAUUGUCAAGGUAGAGGAUGUCCAAAUUAUCCAUCUAGAGUAGCCAAUGGCGGUGAUCUAGACUGGGUGAGAGUAGUGUUAACUGCAGAUUCUGGGGUCAGCAUGGAUGACAUAGAGGUUCAGGAACCACCACGACGGAGGGAGCACCGUCGCGUUCCGAGUACCAUAGCUUUUGAGGAAGUAAAGGCUGCUGCAUUAAAAGGAGAAGCACCUCCUGGAAUGCCUGUAAAGGGGACUGGGCAAGCUUCAUCGGAUGCACAACCAAAGGAUGUAGAUGGUGCAACUCCAAAGGCAGGUGAUGCAUUAUCUGGUGAACUUUGGCAAACAAAAAAAGAUAGAAUCCGUCAGGCAUCAGUAUUUGGAAAACUUCCAGGUUGGGAUCUCUGCUCGGUUAUUGUGAAAAGUGGCGAUGAUUGUAGGCAGGAACAUCUUGCAGUGCAACUCAUUUCUCACUUUUACGAUAUAUUUCAAGAAGCCGGACUACCUCUCUGGCUCCGCCCGUAUGAAGUUCUAGUCACUUCUUCUUACACUGCUCUGAUUGAAACAAUUCCAGAUACGGCCUCACUUCAUUCUAUCAAAAGUAGAUUCCCUGAUGUCUUGAGCUUGCGAGACUUUUUCAUCGCCAAAUAUCAAGAAAAUUCAUCAACUUAUAAGUUAGCACAGAGGAACUUUGUGGAAAGUAUGGCUGGAUACUCCCUUGUUUGCUAUUUAUUACAGGUGAAAGAUAGGCACAAUGGCAAUCUCUUGCUAGAUGAAGAGGGGCAUAUUAUACACAUUGACUUUGGCUUCAUGCUCUCUAAUUCCCCCGGCGGGGUUAAUUUUGAGAGUGCACCUUUCAAGUUGACCCGUGAACUUCUUGAGGUUAUGGAUUCUGAUGCCGAGGGGGUUCCAAGCGAGUUCUUUGAUUACUUCAAAGUUUUGUGCAUUCAAGGGUUCCUAACAUGCCGGAAGCAUGCAGAACGGAUUAUUCUACUUGUUGAAAUGUUGCAGGACUCUGGUUUUCCAUGCUUUAAAGGUGGUCCUCGGACAAUACAGAACUUAAGAAAACGGUUUCACUUGAGUCUGACAGAAGAGCAAUGUGUGUCUUUGGUGCUUUCCUUAAUUAGUAGUAGCUUAGAUGCAUGGAGAACACGUCAAUACGAUUACUAUCAGAGGGUUUUAAAUGGCAUAUUGUGAGAUUUCUUGGUUCUAGAUCAUCAUUCUUCAUGUGGACAUAGGCCAGCAGAUGAGUCAAACCUACAUGAACACAGAUUUUAAACAUCUAGUGAUAUAGCUCACUUGAUUGGCCCUAAAAGAUUUUAUCCAUUGAAGGUAAACACGUAACAAGUUGCCAGAGUCUGACAGGUAAAAUUGCAUACCAUCAUGCCACUUCCACACUAUGUUCUGGACUCGUGGGGUACAAUCUUUAUUACCAACAUACAAAAUAGUGUACAGGGCGAUUUCAUGGUCUUUGAUUGUAUUCUGACCAUGAUUUAGCCAUCAUAUUUGGAUCUUUGCCGCAAGCUGAAGCUCCUGGACUGGUCAGAACUGUACAUCUUUCUCUCUCUCUCUCUCUCUCUCUCUCUCUCUCUCUCUCUCUCUCUUGUAUUUUGUAGAUGAAUGUUUGGGCUAAUUUAGUCACAGCGGAAAAUGGGGGUUCUUGGUGUUAAUAGGUUUUGCUUAUGCACAUGAUAAACCCGAUGCUUCUAUAUGGUUUAGUUGAAGAUUAACAUUAGCAUAUGUUAUUGUGUAUAAUUCUUGUUUCAUUUGGUUUAUAAUAGAGUAAUCUGUUUUAGUGUGCA